AUGACGGUCGCUACCAGCGACCCUGCGGAUGAAGCAGCAGCACAUCCAGGUCAGCCUCAUGACCAUUACGACUCGGAUCCGGAUCAUGAAUGCUGCGAGAGGGUUGUCAUUAACAUCUCAGGCUUGCGCUUUGAGACACAGCUGAAGACACUUUCCCAGUUUCCAGAGACACUGCUAGGUGAUCCUAAAAAAAGGAUGAGGUAUUUUGAUCCGCUCCGGAAUGAAUACUUCUUUGAUCGGAAUCGACCAAGUUUUGACGCUAUUCUGUAUUAUUACCAGUCUGGAGGGAGACUGCGCCGGCCUGUUAACGUGACUCUUGACAUUUUUUCUGAGGAGAUCCGGUUUUAUGAAUUGGGUGAAGAGGCUAUGGAAAUCUUCAGGGAGGAUGAAGGUUUUAUAAGGGAAGAGGAGCGACCUCUGCCAGAAAAUGAGUUCCAGAGACAAGUGUGGCUUCUGUUUGAAUAUCCAGAGAGCUCAGGACCAGCUCGCAUCAUUGCCAUAAUCUCUGUCAUGGUGAUUCUUAUCUCUAUUGUCAGUUUCUGUCUGGAGACACUGCCACUUAAUCGAAACGAAGAUGAGAUGUAUAACUCACUCCAGUCCACAUACAACACCACCGCUCCAUCUGCAAGCUUUUAUUUUACAGAUCCUUUCUUCAUUGUUGAGACGCUUUGCAUCAUCUGGUUCUCUUUUGAGUUCCUAGUUAGGUUCUUCGCCUGUCCCAGCAAAACUGGAUUUUUUGGCAAUAUCAUGAACAUCAUUGAUAUUGUGGCAAUCAUCCCGUACUUCAUCACCCUCGGCACAGAACUAGCAGAGCGGCCAGAGGAUGGCCAGGCAGGCCAGCAAGCCAUGUCUUUGGCUAUUCUCCGUGUCAUCCGUCUAGUUAGGGUGUUUCGUAUCUUCAAACUCUCACGUCAUUCCAAGGGACUCCAGAUCUUAGGGCAGACAUUGAAGGCCAGCAUGCGUGAGCUGGGCCUCCUCAUCUUCUUCCUGUUCAUUGGUGUCAUCCUCUUCUCUAGUGCGGUCUACUUUGCAGAAGCAGACGAGCCAGUUUCUCAGUUCAGCAGCAUCCCCGAGGCCUUUUGGUGGGCAGUGGUUUCCAUGACAACCGUAGGCUACGGAGACAUGGUCCCAACAACUAUUGGGGGGAAGAUUGUGGGGUCUCUCUGUGCAAUUGCCGGUGUGCUGACUAUUGCACUGCCUGUACCUGUCAUUGUAUCAAACUUCAACUACUUCUACCACAGAGAGACAGAAGGUGAGGAGCAGGCACAGUAUCUGAAUAUCCCAAGUGUGCCUAAAGCCAGCUCAGCUGACGAGCUGAAGAAAAGCGGUCGGAGCGGCAGCGGCUCCACUCUCAGUAAGUCUGACUAUGUGGAAAUCCAAGAGGCAGUGAACCACAGUAUGGAGGACUUCAGAUCAGAGGCCAGGAAAACAGGAAACUGCACCCUGGCCAACACUAACUAUGUAAACAUCACUAAGAUGCGUACAGAUGUAUAAUACGA